CUGACCCACCCACCGGCCUACCCCCCGCCUCCUGUGCCUACACCCAGGAAGCCAGCCUUCUCCGACAUGCCCCGUGCUCACUCCUUUGCCUCCAAGGGCCCGAGCCCCCUGUUGCCACCCCCGCCCCCUAAGCGUGGCCUCCCUGACACCAGCCCAGCUCCUGAGGACUCCAAGAGGGACCCACUGGGCCUGAGGCGGCCUGAGCCUGGCCCCAGGGUGCCCAUGGCCCCCCGGAGGAUGAGUGACCCCCCGCUGGGCCACCUGCCAACCACGCCCAGCCUCCGGAAACCCCCUUGCUUACGCGAGAGCGCCAGCCCCAGCCCAGAGCCCUGGGUCCCCGGCCAUGGGCCUGGCUCUGCCUCCAGCCCUGCCAACGUGGCCACUGCUUCCUCCAGGAACUGUGACAAGCUCAAGUCCUUCCAUCUGACCCCCCGGGGGCCACCCACGCCCGAGCCUCCACCCGUGCCUGCCAACAAGCCCAAGUUCUUAAAGAUGGCUGAAGAGGCCCCUACAGGGGAGGCAGCCAGGCCCAGACUCUUCGUGCCCCCGGUGGCCCCCAGGCCUCCUGUCCUGAAACUGCCAAUGCCUGAGGCCGCAGCCAAGCCAGCGGUCCUGCCAAGGACAGAGAAGCCACCCCUCCCCCACCUCCAGAGGUCACCCCCUGAUGGGCAGAGUUUCAGGAGCUUCUCCUUUGAAAAGCCCCGAUGGCCCUCAAAGGCGGACAGCGCUGGUGGGGAGGACUCCGACGAGGAUUAUGAGAAGGUGCCACUGCCCAGCUCUGUGUUUAUCAAUACCACGGAAUCCUGCGAAGUGGAAAGGCUGUUCAAAGCCACAAGCCCCCAGGGAGAGCCCCAGGAUGGACUCUACUGCAUCCGGAACUCCUCCACCAAGUCAGGGAAGGUUCUGGUCGUGUGGGAUACAAGCCCCAACAAAGUGAGGAACUACCGCAUCUUUGAGAAGGACUCUAAAUUCUACCUGGAGGGCGAGGUCCUGUUUGUGAGCGUGGGCAGCCUCGUGGAGUACUACCACACGCACGUGCUGCCCGGCCACCGAAGCCUGCUGCUGCAGCGCCCCUACGGCUACACGAGGCCCAGGUGACACCAGUGACACGUGCUGCUGGGCAGAGACGAGCCACGGGGGCCGUGACCCCAGGCCACGCAGAUGAGACGGGCCUGCGUGGGAGGAGGAGCUGGACUGAGUGCUGUGCUCCCACCCAGGGUCUCCCCAACAGAUACCUUGUAGAAUCCGCCAGGCCAGGCCCCACUCAGCAGGCUGGGUCCCUGGGCCUAGGCCAGGCUCUGCACUCCAGAGGAUUGAGGGGGCUCUCCUGUGACACACAGCUCACCCUGUCCCACCUCCCCGGAGCCCAGGGUCCCAGGACCGAGCCCUGCGUGGGCUUUGUGGACAAGAAUUGUGGUCAUCCCCGCCCGUCCCCAACUCUGCCAGCACACUGACCCUGCACUGUGCUGGGAGCUGGGCAGGACUGGGCAUUCGGGGUUGGGCAGAGGCUGGCCCCGGGACUGCCACCCCCAGGAACUCUUAAGACACAGGCUCCAGUAUGGGCCAUUGAUGUACAAUAAAGCACAGAUGACCUUUCC